AUGUCCACCAUAGAAGAGCUAGAAUCCCUCUUCCCCGAGGAUCCCACCACCCCAUCCCUCGGUUUAAUCGCAUCUAACGGAGGGCAAAUCACACUUCCAUACUCCACUGGAGGAAGUGGCAAACCCAUUGCCAUCCUCGGCUCAGGGUGUCGCCCAUCUAAGCUAGAGAGCGACGAUGCGCAUGCUCCAUUCAAUGCUAAAACCGCCUUGUCGGAUAGAAGUUUGAAAGAAAGCGUUCGCUUUCGAAUUGAGGAUGGCGCGCUCUCGAAGUUCCAUAAAGCCAUUACGUCGAGUUCGCACGCCACGGCUGAGCAUUUGAGUAUCUCGGGUUGUGGUCGGGUUGGGGGGAAGUUUUUGGGCGCGAGUGCGAGCGGGCGAUACAAUAAGGCUGUUUCGGAUAAUGGACAUGAGUUGAAAGCCUCCAUUCAAGCCUCUAUCCGGACUGGGACGGUUUACAUCGACGAGCCGCGCUUUUCGCUAAAUGCGUUGGCUGAUACGCACAGAUCACAAUCUAAACCGUCUUAUUUUUCUGAAAUAUACGGCGAGUACUACGUGGCCAGUCUACAGCUCGGCGCAGACGCAGGGCUUCUUGCAUCCAGUGCAUCCAAAGAACACAUGGAGACAGAAAGUCUCGACGUCAAAGCCACCCUGCAUAUUCUGUGGUGGGACAUUGAAAAAAACAUCCACACCGAAAGCCAUUCGUCAGACUUCUGGUCACAGAUUAAGGUGACUGGCUUUGAUACGUUGACUGGGGAGGACUUGACUCAUAUAUCGCCACAGGGAGAUGGGGAGGUCAUGAAUUACGUCCAGCGAGUCACUGAAUUGGAGGCAAGGGUUAGGCAGAAGAUGGACGGGUUUGCAUUGACUAAGAAUAAAGUAGUGGAUUGGCAUAUGUCCAAGUGA